AUGAAGCAGAACUCUGAGAGUUCAAGGGGGCUGUAUGUAUUUUCUGAUUUAAAUCCUUAUGUUGGGCAUCCUGAUCCUUUGUGGGAAGUCCAGGAGCUGUUCCGUAAAGGUCUGUUAACUGAAUUUUCCCAACAACAUGAUGGGGACCCGAAUGCUUGGGCUUUAUCCUUUGAACGACAAAAUGGUGUUGGGGGUUGGGCUUCUGAACUCCAUCACUCCACAACAACAAGUUUUUUCUUAUUAUGGGGGUUGGAGUUGGAGCCUGAGCUUGUCAAUGUCACAGGGGCUGCAAAGCCUACUCGGAAAAUAAGAUCUGAGCAAGACAAGGAAUUAGAAGAGGAAGUUAUGGGCUCUGGCACAGCUGGUGAAGAAUCUGCUGUCGAGAGUAUCCAAAGAAUCUAUGGAGAGGAUGGUGGAAGCUUCUGCUCAGGAAGCCAAGGCUGUGAAUCCUGUUUGGUUGUAGUUCCUAAAGAGACUGUAGGAAACCUUGGUGGAUUGGUAAGGCAGUUAUUCUUGGAUCAAUUUGAAAACGAGAGUAGACGAAUGAUUCCUACCCAAAAUGACCUUUCCUAUCCAACCAAAAAUUUCACUAGGCAAAAGUCACCUCAAGGCCUGCACAAAAAAUUUGCUUCUGGUGAAAUUUCAUUAACCAUGGUUUGGGACCUGGAUAAAGAGCAACUUGUGACCUCUAUUCCCCUAACAUCAGAUUGCAGCUUUUCAACUUUGAUUGUGAGUUCAUCUCAAGCAGGAGACAUAUUAUAUGCCUAUGAUGUUGUUGCAGAAAAUGCAUUUGAAGAGGACGAAGGAGAAGCAAACACAUAUUAUCUGCCUGGAGGGUUUGAAGGUCACAAAUCUUCACAAGCUGCUCAAAAAAGAAGGAAAAACUUUAAAAUUUAUGGGGGAAGAUCAUAUGAGAUGGGAGGUGAUGUGUUGUUCAUGCAAGCUGGUGGGACUCAACCCUCUAUUUUGAGUGGGAAAAGACCUACCACCAGUUUAAAUGUCUCAAUUAAUUCCAACAAAAAGAGUGCGUACUGCUUCUCAAGUCAUGGGUUUCUUUUAAUGUUUUACAUGUUUUGUUUUCUAUAA